CUCUCUCUCUCUCUCUCUCUCUCUCUCUCUCUCUCUCUAAUACUGUAUAUAAUUGAUCUGAAGUUCUGAACAAGUACAUAUAGGCUAGGCUUGAACGGAUCUCACUUGAUUACCAAUCCAUUUGACUUAGGAAGAGGAAAGUAAUGGGUGGAUCACCAACACCAUCGGUUCUUUGUGCCUUGGCCUUUUACUUUGUUUCCCUCCUGGGCUUGGUUCAGAUUGUCCGAGCUCAAAAUGGUACUACUCCUCCUUCCGAAGUGAGUGCUUUGAACUCCGUCUUCAACCAAUGGAGAAUAUCCGCAAAAUAUUAUCAAUGGAACAUAAGCGGAGAACCAUGCAGUGGAGCCGCCAUCGACACUAGCGAUAGCUGGGCCAUCAACAAUAUAGAUUACAAUCCCGGUAUCAAAUGCGAUUGCAAUGGGACUGUUUGCCACAUUACCCAACUCAAAGUCCGUGCUCUGAAUGUUACUGGAGGAAUCCCGGAGGAGCUGUGGUCUUUGACUUCCCUCACAAAUUUGGACUUGUUCCGAAAUUACCUGACUGGUCCCCUGUCUUCAUCCAUUGCCAAUCUAACUCAAAUGCAGUGGCUGAGCCUGGGGUUUAAUGCAUUAUCGGGGGAUAUUCCAAAGGAACUUGGAAAACUAACUAAUCUGAGAUCAUUAAGCAUUAGCACGAAUAACUUCUCUGGCUCUCUCCCAUCAGAACUGGGGAAUUUGAUAAAAUUAGAACACCUCUUCUUCCACAGUUCUGGAGUUAGUGGAGCUAUUCCAUCUACAUUUGCUGCUCUACAAAACCUGCAAAUAGUGUUGGGUUCGGAUAAUGAACUCACAGGGAGCAUACCUGAAUUCAUAGGGAACUGGUCAAAGCUUAGCGUCCUGAGGUUUCAAGGAAACGCCUUUGAAGGUGGAAUACCGUCAACAUUUUCCAAAUUGACCUCUUUGACGGACUUGAGAAUAAGCGAUUUAUCUAACAGAAGCUCUUCACUGGCAUUUCUGAAAGAUAUGACGUCUCUGAGUAUCUUAAUUUUGAGGAAUAACCAUAUUUCUGGUACUAUCCCCUCCAAUAUUGGUGAUUAUCAGAAUUUGUCUCAACUGGAUUUGAGCUUUAACAAUUUAACUGGACCAAUUCCAGAUUCUCUCUUCAAUUCGAGCUCUCUCUUAUACUUGUUUCUUGGGAAUAAUAAAUUGAAUGGAACUCCUCCCGCGAUAAAGAGUCCUUCUCUUCUGCAUAUAGAUGUGUCAUACAAUCAAUUAUCGCCGGCACUUCCAUCUUGGGCGAACAACAGUGUUAUGGCUACAGGAUUUGACUGUAUUCUAGAGAAUCUUCCCUGCCUUGGGGAUAUUCGCAGUUCUCCUAAGUAUUCUGACUUUGCGAUUAAUUGUGGUGGUCCAGAGAUAACAUCUAGUAGUCAGAUUGUAUAUGAGCGGGAUAACGAGACUCUUGGUCCAGCUACUUAUUAUGAGGCUAGUACAAAAAGGUGGGCAGUUAGUAAUGUCGGGCGCUUCAACGAGCUAAACGAUCCCCAGUAUACGAGUUUCUCUUCAACUCAGUUCAAUAGUUUGGAUUCGGAGCUGUUACAGACAGCACGAAUAUCCCCAGGAUCACUAAGAUAUUUUGGGCUGGGACUUGAAAAUGGUAAUUACAAUGUGACUCUCGAGUUUGCAGAGACAGCAUUCUUAGAUCCCCCAUCCUGGAAAAGUCAUGGAAGGCGUGUUUUUGAUAUAUACAUCCAGGGGAAUCUGGUUCGGAAAGAUUUCGACAUAAAAAAGGCGGCCGGUGGGGUCUCUUUACAAAUAAAGAUGGUUUUCCCAGCUCAGGUAUCAAAAAACUACCUUGAAAUCCAUCUAUUUUGGGCUGGUAAAGGGACUUGCUGUGUACCUACUGAAGGUACAUAUGGACCUUCUAUUUCAGCAAUCAGUGCUGUCCCAGAUUUCAUCCCCACUGUUGGUAAAAACCCUGCAUCUGGCAAAAAGAGUAAGACAGGUUUGAUUGUGGGGAUUGUUGUUCCUGUUGCAGUUGUAAGCUUUCUAUCUUUCCUUGCGCUCUAUUGGUUUGUCCUUUGCCGAAACGGGCUGGGACUGGACGACGAUGAAGAGCUCCUAGGGAUGGAUGUUAGGCCCUACACUAUCAGUUAUGCAGAACUAAAGGCUGCAACAGAAGAUUUUAAUCCUGCAAACAAACUUGGGGAGGGAGGCUUUGGACCUGUUUUUAAGGGAACACUUAAUGAUGGGAGGGUUAUUGCUGUCAAGCAAUUGUCUGUGGCCUCUCGCCAAGGAAAGGAUCAAUUUGUUGCAGAGAUUGCUACAGCAUCUGCUGUUCAACACCGAAAUCUUGUGAAAUUGUACGGAUGCUGCAUUGAGGGGAAGAAACGACUGAUUGUUUAUGAGUAUCAUGAAAACAAGAGUCUUGAUAAAGCAUUGUUUGCAGGGAAGACAAGUUUGUUUCUUAACUGGCCCAUCCGCUUUGAUAUAUGCUUGGGUGUAGCAAGGGGUCUAGCUUAUCUUCACGUGGAAUCUCGGCUUCGCAUUGUACACAGGGAUGUUAAGGCCAGCAAUAUUCUUCUUGACUCUAACCUUAACCCCAAAGUUUCUGAUUUUGGUUUGGCCAAACUUUUUGAUGACAAAAAGACCCACAUCAGUACCCGUGUUGCAGGGACAUUUGGGUAUCUUGCACCUGAGUAUGCUAUGCUUGGACAACUUACAGAAAAGGCCGAUGUGUUUGGCUUUGGUGUUGUAGCUUUGGAGAUUGUCAGUGGAAGGCCAAAUACUGACUCGAGCUUGGAAAAAGAAAAGAUCUAUCUUCUUAACUGGCAGAGCGAUAUCCCGGGAGCAGAUUGCCCACUGGGAGGGCCAUUUCAAGGCACAUCACGAGGCAGCGAGACCCGGGAAGGCAACCCGAUAGGGUGUCAUUUUUAAAGCAAGGGGAAGGGAUCUCUUUUCUGCAAUGGAAAAGAAAUGGAGCAGAUUUGAUUCGGCACAACCUAACACCAAAACACUAGCAAGACCCUAGAUCCAGCAGCCUCAGAACCGAAAUCAAACUUAAGGUCCAAUCAGCAUUAACAGCGGAUCUUGAUCAUGACCGGUACACAAGAACCAGAACCAUUUUUAACAAAAACUAUUAAAAACCAUAGCAUUUGAAUGGCAGCAGCAGAAAAACCAGGAAAUGGCACUCAGCUAUAGCAAUAGCAACGGUCUAGAUUUGCAGAAAAUCACCACCCAAACUACCUACAAAGCACUUGUCUCCCCUCUAAAUAGCAGCAUCUUCGACACCAGCAAUAGACAUUGCUAGCACCCCAUACACGCACACAACAAAGCUGCUAGCCCACAUACCCAUCACACACAUAAACAGCUUUCCACAUACACCCACACCCACUCAGCCAACCCAACAAAAACAUAAACACAACUUCGACAAAGCCAAAGUUGGUACCAAAGAUGGGUUUUUCGUUUUUUGGCAGCAAAAGAUAACGACGGAUGGACUUAAAAUUUGCCCACAAAUUUGCCAAACUAUGAUUUCAGCGGCCUGAAUGGCUCAUGAAUUGACUAGCUCUGACAGAACAUUGCAGAAUCAAUCUGCAGAAAUCGUAACAGCAACAUUUGUUUCUCUAGUCAUUUUUGGGCCACAGUAUGGAAGGGAGAAAGAAUGACUUUUGCUUUAUUUGG